AUGUCCUUAGCAGAAGGCGCUUCAGACACCGAGCACAACAUUAAGCAGGAGGACGAGCAGAACACAAACUCACAGACGCCCACCGGCACUAAGAAGAAGAAAAACGACAAAGGUAGACAGAUGUCAGACUCUUACAUGUGGAAGGAACAGAUUCAUACUUUGAUGAAGGGCGGAGAGAGCGAGUCCGAUAUCUCGGACUCCGAGAACUUCUUGACUAAAGGCGCUUUCCUUCUCACACCCUCCCACGGCCUCAGUAUGGAGAAAGCUUCGGCCAUCUGCGAGAAAAUGGAGUUUAAAGGAUGCUUUUCCCUUACGAAGACCGCUACGGGUAUCUUGUUUAAGUUCUCCAGCGUUGAUGACUACCAAAUGGUCUUCAAGAAAGGUUUCCAUAAAGUCACUGGCUCCAGGUUUUAUAGGAAGAUUGCAAUUCCGUGUAGACCUCAGAAAACAUUCACGGUCUACGUGUAUGACAUUCCUGAUGAAGUCCCAGAGGAGGAUGUGCGUCACGCCCUCUACAAAUUUACCUCCAUCGUAGAAGUAGUACGUCUUCAUUAUUCUGGAAUUUCUGGAUCUCCAAAGGACGGAAACACUGGUUGGUAUAGUAUAGGAUCUUCUACACCCAAGCCCAUGGAAAAGACGACUUCCCGUGCUCUCACUACCAUCGACGGUGAACUCGCCAGCAGCAUGAUUCCAAAGGAAGCGACCAGCGUGGUCCGUGUUACGUUGGCCAAUAUCGAGGAAGCCAACAUUCUGUUACAGAAUGGCCUGGAUUUCUAUGGAGCUACUUUCUUUCCAACUGAACUGGCUACGCCCGCUCAAGCUGCUAAGCUUAUCAAACCAAGCAGGGUGACGGGAGGUACUGUUUCCGCGAGGGUCAGAGAUCUACUACCCGUUUUCGACCAACAGGGAUUUGCUAAGUUCGCGCCACCAGCAUCCCGACUUGUCAAGCCGAGGUCCAAGUAG